AUGCCAGGGUCGGGCAAGAAGUUAUUGAACAGCUAUUUGAUUAUUUCGACAAGUCAUUCAUUCGGAUGUCACGGAUUGGUGUUGAGAUUGCGCGAGCAGUAUAAGAUGAGAAUCUUCCGCGAGCAUGGAAGGAAACAUGAGCCAUCUGCUUCCCAUAGUACAACAACAAUGUCUCUUGAACGAACAGGCAAACGCAAGCGGUCUGAUAUCGAGAAAAGCUCGAAGCACGGAGGCCUGGAAAAUGAUCUAAAGUUUAAAGAGUUUUUAGAAGUCAUGCAACCAAAAUCCAUGUCUAAGAUAUGGGGCAAUGGAGAUUUGGUGUCCUUUUCUCAAGACGUUGGGGUGCAGGCCUCACAGCUAGACUUUGUUGGCGUGGAGGGCAGUGCUGGGGAAUACGAAGAUAUCCCAGCACGAAAGAAAGGGCCAGGUUCUUCAAAUACCAUGGCUAGGGACGUUGAUUAUAAUAGACACCAGAGUCCUCUAAUGGACCGCAUGCAGCUAGGCGAUGGGGAGCUGUAUAAUACUGCUGACGAAGGAGCCACUGGUAUUUCGGACGCUGAGUGGUUGCGAUCUAAGACAAGUCGUUUGCUAGACUUGAUGGAUGAUGUUGAAUCACGUUUGGCCCGUGUAUCAGAGAUUGGUAAUACAAAGCGGGACACCAAAAAAACUAACGAAGUCGAUGAAGAAGAGGAAGAGGAAAAGGAAGAUAAUCAAGCCGAGGAAGCAAACGAGGAGAGAUCGGGACAAUCCAAUCAUGCCAAACCGGAAACGGAACAAGCGAUUCAUGCAAUAUCACAAAGCGGCAGAUUAUUUCUCCGAAAUCUAUCCUACUCAAGUACAGAAGGGGAUCUCCGGCAAUAUUUCGCCCCUUACGGCGAUCUUGAAGAGGUCCACCUACCAGUCGACAACAAAACACAUUUAAGUAAGGGAUUUGCGUAUAUACUCUAUAAAAAUCCCCAACAUGCAGUGCAAGCAUAUCAGUCCUUGGACAGGAAGAUAUUUCAAGGUCGAUUGCUGCACAUCCUAGCCGCUUCCCCUAAACGCGAGCACAAGCUGGACGAGUAUGCUAUCUCCCAGCUGCCCUUGAAAAAGCAGCGAGAAAUAAAGAGAAAGGCAACUGCUGCGUCAAGCACUUUCAAUUGGAACUCAAUGUACAUGAAUGCCGAUGCCGUAAUAUCCUCCGUCGCAGAUCGCCUCGGAGUUUCCAAAGCAGAAUUACUGGACCCCACAUCCUCCGACGCUGCUGUCCGUCAGGCGCACGCAGAAACACAUGUGAUCCAGGAUACUAAAGCCUACUUUUCCCAGCACGGGAUGGACCUCAAGGCAUUCGAAAAGCGAGAAAAGGACGACAAGACAAUCCUCUUCAAGAACUUCCCCUACGGGACCAGAACAGAAGAUAUCCACAACUUGGUAGAGCCCUUUGGCAAAACCGCACGAAUGCUCAUGCCCCCAGCGGGCACAAUCGCUGUCGUAGAGUUCAUCGACGCACCCGCUGCAAGAGCAGCAUUCGCAAAUCCCACUCCCAAGAUUGUCGACGCACCGAAGAUACCGGCGGCGGUAGCAUUGGGUAAAGACCCGAAAGUCUCUGCCACGGACUUGCUCCUCCCGGCCCAUACCUCUACUGCCACGGAUGAGGCAGAGGCAGGAACGUCAACACUCUUUGUCCAGAACCUAAACUUUACGACUACAACCGCUAAAUUAACUGAGCUAUUUAAACCAAUCAACGGCUUCCUCUCAGCACGCGUAAAGACAAAGCCCGAUCCUAAGAACCCGGGCGGGACACUAUCCAUGGGCUUCGGCUUCGCCGAGUUCCGCAGCAAGACGGAUGGAAUGGCGGCCAUGGCAGCGCUAAACGGGUACGUUCUGGACGGCCACAAACUCUCCAUCAAGCCCUCCCAAAAGCACACUUCCCCCUCUUCCUCCCAAGAAAAAUCUAUUGCGAAGCGCACCAAGAUCAUAAUCAAAAACCUCCCCUUUGAGGCCAGUAAGAGGGAGCUUCGCGCGCUGUUCUCAGCAUACGGCACCCUACGCUCCGUGCGUGUGCCGAAGAAGUUUGGUGGUGCCACGAGGGGCUUUGGGUUCGCGGAUUUUGCCACAGCCAGGGAGGCGCAGGGGGCUAUGGACGCGUUGAAGGAUACGCAUUUGCUGGGCAGAAGGUUGGUGCUCGAGUUUGCGGAGGGGGGGGCGGAGGGGGCAGAAGAGGAGAUUGAGAGAAUGCAGAAGAAGGUUGCUGAGCAGAGUGGGGUUGUUGAGGUUGCCAGGUUGAGGGAGGGGAGGAGGAGGAGGGGCGGGGAUUUGAAGGAUGGGGGAGAAGUGUAG